CCCCCCGCGCGGGGCGGGCGGGGAUCCACGGGUUUUGCUCCGCGUUCGUAGCAGAGAAGGGAGGACCCUUGGGAACCGGACCCUGGUCGCCCAGUCCUGUUCUGGCUUGGGCCCAUAUGGAGGGGACCGCGGAGUCCCAGACGCCGGACUUGCGAGACGUGGAGGGCAAGGUGGGCAGGAAGACCCCUGAAGGACUGCUCCGCGGGCUUCGAGGCGAGUGCGAGCUGGGAACCUCUGGGGACGUGCUGCUCCCGGGGGCGCCCAGCACCGGCCACGGCCUAGGGGACAAGAUCAUGGCGCUGAGGAUGGAGCUGGCUUACCUGCGAGCUAUCGAUGUGAAGAUCCUGCAGCAGCUGGUGACCUUGAACGAGGGUAUUGAGGCAGUGCGCUGGCUGCUGGAGGAGCGGGGCACACUGACGAGCCAUUGCAGCAGUCUCACCAGCAGUCAGUACAGUCUGACAGGGGGAAGCCCAGGACGCUCAAGGCGGGGCAGUUGGGACAGCCUGCCAGACACCAGUUCAACUGACCGGCUGGACAGUGUCUCUAUUGGUAGCUUCUUGGACACUGUGACCCCCAGAGAGCUGGAUGAACAAGGACUCCCUGGGCCUUCCUGUCCUGAGAUUGACUGGACAAAGGUUAUCCCCAGUGAGGACAGGGCCAGGACUGAGGUGGACAUGACAUCCACCAAACUAGGGAGCUUAACAGCCACAUGGAAGCUCCCAGGGGACGGGCUCCAGUGUGGACCACCUGAGCCAUCAGAGGAUGACAAUGCUAAGCAGGGCUUUGAAGCUCAUUGGUACUGGGGACAGUGCCAGGAUGAUGUGACCUUCUUGUAAAAACUUUCCUACCCAUUUGUACUUUGUGGCUCUUUCAACUUUUGGCCCAAGUCUCCCUCAAUUUUCCUUCCACCUCCAACUAGACAGAGGCUGUACUAUAAUUGGUUACCAUGGAAGCCUGGCUUAUCUCUCUGGUUCCUGGGGAGCCUCUGCAUUUAUCCCUAUUAUUGGGUCCCUAGAGCUAUUUCCAUAGAGAUAUUGACUCUAGAGGCCUAGCCUAUGGCUCCUGUUGUAAGGUUAUCUCCAUGCCCCUCCCCAGUGAGGUGAAUUUUAUGGAACGUAGGGCCUCUAGGAGAUCACUGAAGAAGAGAUGAGGGUAAUCCCCUCAUCCAAAGCCUAGGAGCUAGGAUGCACUUACAAAACAGUGGAGAUUGACCCUGUCAGAUGCGCAAACCUCCAUGGACUGGCCCUCCUAGAUACCUUUGGAGUUGGGAGACCAAUCCUUUCAUGCCUGCUGAGUGACGUCAUUGCCUGUCAUGAUACAUGAAGUGCUUCCUCUAUACCAGUCCUGGUGGGUGUGGCACUUCAUGUCCCUGCCACUGCCUCUUGUGAGAGGGAACAUAUCACUUUUCCUGGCAAGUGUGUGUGCUGCUUGUCUCAAGUUCUUACUUUUCAAACGUGGUGUUUUCAUGUUGUACCCAAGGAUUUCCCUACUAUGGCUACAUCCCUGUCCAGGGCUGUAAGGAUACACUCUUAGUAAGAAACGCAGAGCCUCCACCUAGGCUCCCCAAUCUGCUUGGCUCACUUUACUGCAGACUCUUGUCUGGCCCUGGGCUGCUCUCAUCCCUGAUUCCUGCCUCCAGAUCUGUCGGCCAGGAGUUCCGUCCAAGUUUCUUCACACAUCCUCAGUUUCCUUUUUAGGCCUCUUGGGGUUUUUGUUUGGUUUUUGGAGACAGGGCUUGUCUGUGUAUCCCAGGCUGUCCUAGAACUCAGUCUGUAAUUCAGGCUAGCCUUGAACUCAGAGAUCUGGCUACCUCAGCCUCCUGAGUGUUGGCGUUAAGUGUGUGUCACUGCCGCCCAGCUAGACCUCUGCAUUCUUAUGUCUCUUAUCCCACUGUUGCUUGGGAAUAAGAAGAGUGAAGAUCUCAGCGUUCUGGGGACACUCUUGGAUAGUGGGACCAUCUCAUCAUCUCUGACCCUGUGCUUACUAUUCCCUCAUUCUGGCCAGCCUACCACAAUUUGGUCACAAGGAUGCUUGCCUGAAGUUGAGACACAAGGAAUCCCUUUGUCUUAGCUACAAUGUGGGAGUGUAGCAGGAAAACAGAGGCCAUUUGGUCCAUGGGCCUCAUUAAGGAGAAGAGACUAUACAAAGUCCUUCUUUAGAGCAAGCCCAUCACUCCUGAACUUGAUGGAUAAUCAGGACUGGUUCUAGGGUUGGGUCCCAAGGCCCUGGCUAAUUAUACCAGAGAAGAAAUUCAGAGAAAUUGCUAUUUUGGGGUUCAGGCCCAGAGAAAGGCAAUGGGGGUAUGGGCAGAGUAGGAGACAAAGGAUGUGAUUAAGACCUGGACAAAUAAGCAAGGUGUGUUGGUGUAUGCAUUUCAUCUGAACACUCAGGAGGCAGAGUUGGGUGGAUCUCCAGGAGUUCCAGGCCAGCCGAGAUAAUACAUAGUGAGACCCAGUCUCAAAAAACAACCAAAGAAACCAGAAUGACUUCUUGGUGAUUAGCCCUUUGAGUCCUAGGUAACUGCCCUGUCUUCACCAUCUCAUGCUGGGGGAGGUAGCCAAGUUGACUACUCUCCUGUCUCCAAGCUCCAAUGCCUCAAUUGUUGUUUUGCAACCACCAAAUCCAACAGAGUACAGCCUCUGGCUCUUUAAAACCCCUCUCCUCCCCUGCCUCAAAGAGGUCACAUUUCAGAGUGACUUCAUCCUGUUCUCUGCUGUUGCUGGAUCUCCUUACUGUGCCCAUAGCUCUGGCGUUCAGAAUCUUCCUUCCUAUGGCCACCCAUCGUCUGUGGUGUUCAGCCUCCCCUUACUGUGCCCAUAGCUCUGGCACUCCUGCUUUCUUGCCCUCAGACUGGAAUUCUGAGUGCUGCAUCCCAGUCCAUGCUCUGAGUCGAUCUAGAGUGCUCCUGUUCCUCUUUGAAGCUAUUGGAUUCCAUUUUUUUGAGGCUCAUUUCUUCAGCUUUAAACUGAGCUGAAGAGAUUGCCUGCCUCCUUGUGGCCAUUAUGCAACACUGCUUGAGUUGCUGAGUGAAAUCUCCAAGUUUAAAUGUAAUUCAGUCUGGCCGUUAAGUAGAGAGGACUAGGCCUACAGAUGGCCUAGGUUUGUCCAGUUCUACCCGUGGUGAAGCUGAAGCAAUAGCUAUGUUACAGACCUUACAGUCUGUCUGCAAACCCACAGCUCCAUUCUUAGAUCCGUUACCCAGUCAACACCCCAAAGCCCAAAGCAUUUGAAAACCAUUUUCCUCAUUGUAAGAUUUGAGACUUAUGCCAGGCGUGGUGGCGCACGCCUUGAAUCCCAGCAUUCGGGAGGCAGA